AUGCUGUCUCGGGGAAAAAAACUGGUAUUACUGACACGUCCAACAUCGCCCAUUGAAAGAAAUGAAGCCGUCGAAUUUUCAGUUCCACCAUCUGAUAUCAACCAAAACGGCAGUAACUCUGUUUUACCAAAUCUUACCUCCCCACAUAGUAAUACUGUUAUCGACGACGAAAAUUCAACAGAAAACCAAACUGGAUGUACAACUGGUACUGAUUCAAGUGAUGAUUUCAAGCCCCCAUCUAGUUCGUCUUCAUCCUCAAAUUCUUCCAGUUCGAGUAGUUCAUCUAGUGAUAGUAGCUCUGAGAAUGAGGCUGUUGAUGACCAAGAAUCAACAUCAUCACCAAAAACAAGGGGAAGAAAACGUACUCGUAAUCCUAAUAGCUGGAAAAAAAAUAUAGCAAAGAAGUUAAGGAAUUCCGGUAAUGAAUAUCGAUCAAUUAAAACAGGAAAAACAGUUCAGGCUAGAAAAAUUGGUCCCUCUUGUUCAGGUAAGUGUCGGCUGGCUUGCUCAUCUCAUUUUACCCAAGAAAAAAGAAUUCAAAUAUUCAAAUCUUAUUGGGAGCUAGGCAGCAUAGAAAGACACCGUGAUUUUUUGAAUUCCUGCAUCAGACCACUGGAAAUUGCAAGCCGGCGUAUUAAAACAAAUCGUCGGUACCCGAGACAAGGGAACUCUGCAUUUUAUUUACUCAAUGAUAGUCAGUCAAUCAGGGUUUGCAAAACAUUUUUAAUUAACACCUUGGGUAUUUCGCCAAGAACUAUACGAACUGUCAUUGAUGCUUCAAAACUCAAUGACGGUAUCAUUCCCGAAGACCACCGAGGCAAACACGGGAAGCAUUGCAAAUUGGACAAUGAUAUGAUAAAAGCCGUCAAAGACCACAUUGAAUCUAUUCCUAAAGUGGAAAGCCACUAUUUGAGGGCAAACACAAGUAGGCUUUUUAUUGACGGUGGCUUGACUAUUGCAGAAUUGCACAGAAACUAUAAGGAAGUACAGAAACAAAAUAAUAAGCCAGCUGUUAAUUACGACGCCUAUCAACGCAUUUUUAAUCAUGAUUUUAACAUUGGCUUUUUUAGGCCGAAGAAAGAUCUUUGUGACCAAUGCGUUGCAUACAAAAAUGCACCGGAACAAGAAAAAGUAAAAUUAUAUGCCAGCUACAAGAUUCACCAAGAAGAAAAGAGCUUGAGUAGGAUCGAAAAAGAUAGAGACAUGAAAGAAUGUCAAGAUCCUCAAAGCACAAAGAUUGUAUGUACCUACGACUUACAAGCUGUUUUGCCAUGCCCUUUAGGAAUUUCAUCAGCUUUUUUUUAUAAAUCUAGACUAAACUGCUACAAUUUUACUAUUUCCAAUGCAAAAUAUCGAGAAACUACAUGCUAUUUUUGGCAUGAAGGAUUAGGCAACAGGGGAUCUAUAGAAAUUGGAUCUUGUGUGUACUUAUAUUUGUUAGAAGUUGCUAAUAAGUAUCCUGGCUGUGACGUAAUUUUUUACUCAGAUAAUUGCUGCGGUCAGCAAAAAAACCGAUUCGUAUUUGCAAUGUACUAUUUCGCAGUAACUAAAUUAAACAUAAAUUCUAUACGACACAACUUCUUGGUACGUGGGCAUACACAAAACGAAGGCGACACAGCACAUUCUGUAAUCGAAAAAGUCAUCACUAGAGCCAAAAAAUCUGGGCCCAUUUAUAUUCCUGAACAAUAUAUAUCCAUAAUACAAGGAGCAAAGAAGACAGGGAAACCAUUUUUGGUUAAAGAAAUGAACUACAGUGAAUUCGUCGAUCUUAAGGCUUUGGCAGAUAACAUAAACUUUAACAUGACUAAAAAUAUUAACGGGGAUGCAAUUAAAAUUAGCGAGAUUAUGAGUAUUAAGUUUAUUAAAAAUUGCGCCAAUUAUCAAUAUCGAACAACCUACAAGACCGAAAACUGGGAAGAGGCCAUAGCUAUGAUAGAAUCUAAUAGACAUAACUUACAUCGAGGUCGAGGCAAUGUUACAAGUAUUAAUGAGGUCGCUUUGAAACCAGCGUAUACCUCGAAGAUUGCUAUUACAGAACGCAAGAAGCGCGACCUUUUGAGUUUGGUAGACACAAACAUAGUGCCAAGAUACUAUGAAAAGUUCUAUAGAGAUCUCAUUUAA